CCGGACGCUCGGUCGCCUCCAGAGGCGCCGUAAUCGCCGCCCAGAGGGAAGGAGGUCGGCAGUGCGAAGAGCUGCUAUGGUGCUGAGUUUCCUGGUAGAGCCGGCCGAGCCGAGGCGGUCGCGGCCAUGAAGGUGGGGGAGUGGUGCUAAGGAUCAAGUAUACUGUUAAAAAAAGAAAACAAAAAUCCAAGCAUGAGGAAGGCGGGUGCCACGUCUAUGUGGGCUUCGUGCUGUGGGCUGCUGAAUGAAGUCAUGGGAACUGGAGCUGUCAGAGGCCAGCAGUCAGGAUUUGCAGGAGCCACCGGUCCAUUCAGAUUUACACCAAACCCUGAGUUUUCCACCUACCCACCAGCAGCUACAGAAGGGCCCAACAUAGUUUGUAAAGCCUGUGGACUUUCAUUUUCAGUCUUUAGAAAGAAGCAUGUUUGCUGUGACUGCAAGAAGGAUUUUUGCUCCGUUUGUUCAGUUUUACAAGAAAAUCUCCGUAGAUGUUCUACUUGUCACUUAUUACAAGAGACAGCAUUUCAGCGCCCUCAGUUAAUGCGACUGAAGGUGAAGGACCUGCGGCAGUAUCUCAUUCUGAGAAAUAUACCCAUAGAUACCUGUCGUGAGAAGGAAGACUUGGUGGAUCUAGUGCUGUGCCAUCAUGGACUAGGCUCUGAGGACGACAUGGACACAAGCAGUCUGAAUUCUUCAAGGUCCCAGACUUCUAGCUUUUUUACACGUUCGUUUUUUUCAAACUAUACCGCCCCCUCUGCUACUAUGUCUUCGUUUCAGGGAGAGCUUAUGGAUGGAGACCAGACGUCCAGAUCUGGAGUGCCGGCACAGGUACAAAGUGAAAUCACUUCAGCAAACACGGAAGAUGAUGAUGACGACGAUGAGGAGGAGGAGGAUGAUGAUGAUGAUGAAGAAAACGUGGAGGAUCGGAACCCCGGGCUCUCCAAGGAGAGAGCGAGAGCUUCGCUGUCUGACUUGUCAAGCCUUGAUGAUGUGGAAGGGAUGAGCGUGCGCCAGCUGAAGGAAAUUCUGGCUCGGAAUUUUGUCAACUAUUCUGGCUGUUGUGAAAAAUGGGAACUGGUAGAGAAAGUAAACCGGUUAUACAAAGAGAAUGAAGAAAACCAAAAGUCCUAUGGUGAGCGGCUGCAGCUGCAGGAUGAGGAAGACGACAGCCUGUGUCGCAUCUGCAUGGAUGCCGUCAUCGACUGUGUCCUGCUGGAGUGUGGGCACAUGGUUACCUGCACCAAGUGUGGCAAGCGCAUGAGUGAGUGUCCCAUCUGCCGGCAGUAUGUGGUGCGAGCCGUGCACGUGUUCAAGUCCUGAAACUGAGGCUCCCCUCACCAGGACAGUCACCCCCAAACUUGACCCCAAACAUUUCAAUGCACAGAAGGGACUGGAAAGCUACUGUUCAAAGGCUGAAGCUAUUUUUAAACGUUAUUUUCACUACUAAGUGGGGACAGAAAGAUCCUCCUGAGUUGUGGAAACAUUGGUCCAUGCCGUGAGCCUGUCUGCCUGUGGACACGUGAGCUUCCGGGCUCAGCUGGGCUUUAUCACACAUCCCAUGAACACUCAUUGAAGUCAGCCUGUUUGUGCCAUGUGGGCAUCAGCCACUGUUGUCUUGGGAGGACACUUAUCCUGUUCUCUUAUUUCUCCUUCAUCCUAUUUUUAACUUAAACUGCUCAGAUGUUUGAAACUUCUGUCCUCUUUGGAUGAGAUCAGUGUCCACAAGUGGCCGACAUGGAACAUGCUGAACAGUGGCUCCUCUGAAUGUUCACUUUAUUAGUCAUGUAUAUUUUAAAUGCUAACAUUUGAUGAAUGUAAGGUUUCCACAUUGUUGCUGUUUCUGCAUUUAAACAUAAUUGGGAACAACUGACAUUCUCUAGUCGACUGCCAGGGCCUUAGACUCCACAUGUCCAUUUUUGUUCAGGUAUAGCUUUUUAUAGCAAGGGCUGCAUCUAGCUUCUUUUAUUAGAAGUGUGUGCUAAAUUCCUUAUCAAUGUGUAAUCAGUUUACACUGUUUUGUAUAGUGAAGGUGUAUUUUCAGUGCUACCCGCUAGCUGAUUUUAACUUUAGGAAUAAAAUUAGUUUUAAAAGCUUU